ACGCGGCCGGCGGCUUCCGGUCGGCGGGGGCGUUUCGAAAGUUGGAGCGGCGGGCCGUGAGGCGGCAGGAAGCCGCGGUGCGGCCCCGGAAAGAUGCUGCCCUCGCCCACCCCAUCCGACGCGGGGGAAGAACUGGAAUCCUUUUUUUUGAGGUUUCCCGAUCUGGAUUUGAAAGAAACAGACCCUCUGACUCCCGUCGGCAGCCUCAAAGCAGAAUUAGAUGCCAGCAUGAGGAAGAAGUAUGCGUUUGCCAAGAGAAAGGCGUUCGCCCUCUUCGUCAAAGCGAAGGAAGUUCCCGCCUGGGCCGGCGGCCCUUCCUCCAACGGUAGAGGAGUCUCGUGGAAGUGCUGCAGACAGAGAUUCAAGGACCGCGCCGGCAUCCAUAGACACGUAGCCGCGCUACACACCGGCGACGUUUGUCAGCAGACUGCCUCGGUCUUAAAGCAGCUGGCCGCCGAGACCGGCUCUUCAAGAAGCCGCGUUUCCGCGGGCGAGACGGAUCGGCCAGGCGAGCCGCCCAGGUCCGCUAGCCACGAGGUGUCUGUCGGGAUUCCCGACCUGGGCCGCGUCGCCUCCGGUGAACUGACGAGCGCAGAUGGCAAUAACCAAGGAGAGGUGCUGUUAUUCUAUUGCUACUGCGAGGUCAAGGAUCCCGAGCAGAUCUAUGCCUGGCAGAAGACUUUAUGUCAGCGCCUGCACCUCACGGGGAAGGUGCGAAUUGCUACCGAAGGCAUAAACGGAACAGUGGGUGGGAGCAAAAUCGCCACCGGUCUCUAUGUGGAGGCGAUGCUCUCCUAUCCCUUGUUUAAGAAUAUCCUGAGUAAGGAAGAUUUCAAGACCAGCAGAGGAGGAGCCUACUGUUUUCCAAACCUUCGAGUCGGGGUGUUUGAAGAAAUUGUGCCCAUGGGUAUUAGUUCCAACAAGAUCUCCUACAAAGAACCUGGAGUCCAUUUAUCGCCGGGUGAAUUUCAUAAGGAAGUAGAAAAGUAUUUAUCUCGGGCUAAUCAAGAGCAAAAUGACACCAUUUUAUUGGACUGCAGAAACUUUUAUGAAAGCAAAAUAGGACACUUCCGGCGCUGCCUGGCUCCAGACAUAAGGAAGUUCAGUUAUUUCCCCAGCUACGUGGAUAAGAACCUAGAGCUUUUUAAAGACAAGCGAGUGCUGAUGUAUUGUACCGGAGGAAUCCGUUGCGAGAAGGGCUCGGCCUACCUCAAGGCUAAGGGAGUGUGCAAGGAAGUGUACCAGCUGAAGGGCGGCAUCCACAAAUACCUGGAGGAGUUUCCGGACGGCUUCUACAGAGGGAAAUUGUUUGUGUUUGACGAGCGUUACGCUCUCUCUUGCGGUAAUGACGUAGUUUCAGAGUGCAGAUACUGUGGGACCCAGUGGGACCAGUAUAAACUUUGCUCCACCGUCCCUUGCCACCAGCUUGUCCUGACCUGCUCUCGGUGCGCAGAGAAAGGUCUUACGGCCUGUUGUCCCGUCUGUCAGGAGAAAGGAGUCCACCUCGCUUCAGGUCCUACCGCGAAGGUUUUCAAAGAGGAAUGUGAAUGCACAGCCAAACGGCUCCGCGUCCCCACUGAACCCCGACAGUAAAGGAGAGAGCCCUUUU